AUGCGGCAGCUUCGGCCCGAAGGAGCUACGCCAGAGACUCCAAGAGUACAGGGUGGCGGAGAGCGAUCAUCCCGGAAAUCGCAGCGACCAAGACCGACAAGUCCCGGCGACCGACAUGACUCGGGAGAUACCAGCGUUCAACUCGUUCGAGCACGCCCCCGUCACGAAGACCACGUCCAAGGAAGGGGUCGUGACGUACUCGAUCAGCCUCACCACGGCGACGUCCUGGCUUCACAAGCUGGGGUGCAAAUACCCGACCCGUGGUCGGGCUUGUACUUCGACGGCCACGACCGCGCGGACGUGCUGAAGUACCGGGUGGAGGAAUACCUCCCGGUGUACUUUGAGCACCUUGACUACACGGAAGUCUGGAUCGAUGCGACUUGGGAAGAGGCGCAGGCCUGGGGAGUGAGAACGCAUGAGCAGAACAGGGGGGAGGAGGGUCGGGUUUGGGUGUGCGUGCAUGCUUUCGAGGAGACGCUCUGCAACCUUCUUGAGCACCUCCGCAAGAGAGUCACUAGCAAGAAGGCCUACCCUGAAGGCAAGAGAGCUAUCUUCUGCUUCCAAGACGAGUGCAUGUACAGGGGGAAUGAUGACCAGCGCUGUUCGUGGGUCCCGCCAAACUUCAACGGGCUAAAGAAGAAAGGAGAGGGGGCGGGUAUUAUGAUAUCCGGUACGAUCGUGGACAACGUGGGGUUCGUGGCGGGUAACCAGUCCGACAUCGACAAGGCGCAAGAGCUGCGGAGGCAGCGGUGCCGCAAGGCUGCAGUGGCGGAAGGGGUGGCAGAGCCGGAGAAGUACCGCGAUAACUCGAUGCUUCACGAGGAAGCCAGCAUGUUCCACACGCCUGUUUGUUUUUUCGACUGGUCGUCGUGCCAUGACUGCGUUGACAAGGGGUCGCCGAGUGUGACGCGCAUGGACCUAGGAUACGGGGGGAAGAGGAAGAGCGUGGACUUAGAUGCUCAACACCCGGUGGAGAUUCAGGAAGAUACACCCAAACUCAAGAAAGGGCAGACGCAAUACCUCACCUUCCAGCCGGGCGAGGUCCCAUUUUAUGCGUCCGAUGCCACCGACCACGUAGGCAAGGUCAAGGGGUUGAGGCAGAUCUUGUUCGAGAGGGGGCUGUUGGUUGACGGGAUGUCUAAGACGGGGUCGACGCGUGGUUCUAAACCUAUCGAGGCCUUGAGCAUGGUGGCGGUGUUGGGUAAGCAGCUCGACUUUAAGAAUGUCGAUCCCAGCCUGAUGGUGCUUGUCAAGCGCUGC